CUGGGCUGUGGAUGUUCAAGUUAUAAGGAUAUAAGGGUCGUCGAUGCCUCCAGCAUUGGAUUCUCUACAGUCACAAUCAUAGACAGUUCUACACAAGUCAUAACAUUGAAACCAUAUCAAUUUGAAACUUCGCCUUUCGUCUACCAGACUUACUCACAUAUUCAUAAUGGCGUCUCAGACUUUCUACAGCAAUUCCACUGACAAGAAGUAUACGGAAAACAUGGAGACAAGAAGCAUACACGACCACCAUACUCACAUGGGAACUUCUAACCUCACCAUUGAGGGGCCAUCUGGUUGGCUAUCGGAAGGUGGCUCUGGAUUGACAUCGGCCCCAAAUGCCGGCGUACGAUGGAACUGCUGUACAUGCACAGGGGGUGGCAACCAAUCGUAUGUGUACAACGUCAAUUGUACCGAAUGCGGUCAUACCAGAUGCAGUGACUGUACUGUUUGGUCCAUGAAAUAAACGGUUGGGCUAGGCACCAAGUUUGGGGAAUUUUGGUUACGACACGCUUCUAAGGGCAGU